AUGGAAAGCAACAUGACAAGUGAUAUCCUAAAGAUCCAAGGCUUCGAUAUAUCCCCAAAGUUCACGUACCCUCUGUUUUUCUUACUGCUGUUUGUCUACUUUACCCUGCUUUGCUCUAACAUCGGACUCCUUGUGCUGAUCAUCACUGAGAAGACUUUGCACCAGCCCAUGUACAUUCUUUUCUGUAACCUCUCCAUCAAUGAUAUCAUUGGUAACACAGUACUACUGCCUCAGCUGAUGGCUCACAUCAUUUCAACGGAGCGGUUAAUCACCUACAACCAGUGUGUGGUUCAAGCCUUUUACAGCCACACGUUCGGAUCCGCCUCACACAUGAUUCUCAUCAUUAUGGCAAUCGACAGAUACGUGGCAAUAUGCCACCCGUUGAGGUACAGCUCCAUUAUGACUACCAAAGCUGUGGUUGUGCUGUCAGCAACUGCAUGGUCGGUGUCCUUAGUGCUGGUGUCUGUCUUGGUAGGUCUCACAGUGAGGCUGUCCCGUUGUCGGUCGCUUAUACAAAAUGCUUACUGUGACAACGCGUCACUGUUUAAGCUUUCCUGCGAGAAUAUGUCAAUCAACAAUAUCUAUGGACUCUUUUUCACCGUUUUGCUGUUCAGCUGCUCAAUGGGAGGAAUAGCUGUGACCUAUUUCAGAAUAGCUGCCGUCUGCUGGAUCAGGAAAAGCAAAGAGUUGAAUAACAGAGCAAUUCAAACCUGUGCCAGCCACCUUGUUCUUUAUCUUAUUAUGCUCUGGUCGGGGUUCUUAACAAUUAUAUUGCAUCGUUUUCCAAAUCAUCCAGAUUUAAGGAAAAUUGCCUACAUUUUAUUUCAUGUGGUCCCUGCUAAUUUGAAUCCAAUCAUUUAUGGAAUGCAAUCAAGAUCAUUACGUGAUAAAAUCAUCCAAUUACUGCAAAGAAAAGUGACCUGA